CGGCUCAACUGGCCACCAAGUCCCGGGGUUCUGGGGCUCGCCUCCCCGGAGCUGCCCCCAGAACCAUGGAGAGUCUGAGUGAGCUACAGAACCCACUGCUGCCUCGGAGCCCCACACAUCUCCAUGGCCCCUACCCCUACCCCGAGGCUUCUCCUGCCUGGCCCUGCCGGGAGAAGAUCUAUUCCUACCUCCUGGGUGGUGCUGACCCUGCGCAUGCCCACCAGCUCCUGGACCCCGGGUCCCUGCAGCUGGCCGUGGAGGCCUGGUACAGGCCCAGCUGCCUCCUGGGGAGGGACAAGGUCAAGGAGCCCAGGGCAGGCAGCUGUGAGACCAGCUUCACAGAGGGCAGGGAGCCCCCGGCUGGGCCUACGGAGCGGUCCACGGAACCUGGCCAAGUGGAAGAGGAUGUCGCCAUCCAGACUGUGUCCUACGGGGUUCAAGAGGAGCUCCAAGGCCAAGAGGGUGACCCGGAGGAAGAAGAGAGCGACGCCACAUCAACGGAGAGUGAAAGUGAAGACAACUUCCUUACGCUGCCUCCCAGGGACCACCUGGGUCUCACCAUCUUCUCCAUGCUCUGCUGCUUCUGGCCCCUGGGCAUCGCCGCCUUCUACUUCUCCCAGGGGACCAGCAAGGCCAUCUCCAAGGGGGACUUCCGCCUGGCCAACACCACCUCCCGCCGGGCCCUCUUCCUGGCCACACUGUCCAUCGCCGUGGGGGCUGGUCUCUAUGUGGCCGUGGUGGUGGCCCUGGCAGCUUACAUGUCCCAGAAUGGCCACGGCUAGUGGCCAAGAAGGUCUGGCAUCCUGAUCCCCUACUCUGCCUGAGGGGGCAGAGAGGGGGUGCUGGGGGUAGCAGACUCUCUGGGAAGACAGCUCAUGGGGGUGGCUUGUCAGGAGGAUGCCUCCCAGGGUGCAGCCUGUGGGGCACGACCUUCACUUCCUCCUGCCCAUUGCCACCAGCCUAGAGCAGGCCAGGGGGCAUCACUCAGUCCAGGAGAGGGUCAGGCUGCCCACCCAGCCAUCCAGGCAGAGUUGCCUCUGGCUGGGAGCUCUCCCCAUUCUGCUCAUUCCCCAAAGGGUCUCCUGCCCUGGGGCAACACACUACCCAACUCUGCUAACCUCUCCACAAAGAAGAGCAGAUUACAGGGAGAGAAAGGGAUGCCUGGGGGGCAGAGGAGCGGACCCAGUCCUUCCAGCACACAGGAGUCUCCACCUGGGGUCUCCCUGAACUUCCCAACUCCACUCUCUGGCCUGUGAUGCCCAGACCUCAGCCAGCCAAGAUGGAAAUACACACAAAGGGACCCCCUUGGUCUUUCUGGUUCUAGAGGGUGCUUACCUCUUCUGUGGGCAUGUAAGACAGAGUAGAUUCUAGGUGGAGAAGGGGUGCCUGGGGCGGGUAAACUGUACUGGGGGCAGGUUCUUGGAGCAUCUUUAUGCAGGAGUGAAAGGCAGAUGAGAUGACAGAGAGCCUGAAGGGCCCUGGAAUAUCGUUGCUCCUGUUCUCUGCCCCCAUCCUCCUUUUCUGGAUUCCUCCGGGGGCUCUGAGCUGGCACCAUGCCAGGCAGACAGAGAGAGAGAGUGCCAUCAGUCCAGCAGCCACUGAGUGCAGAAUACUGGGUCCAGCCAAGGGGGAACGUAGCAAGGAGACCCUGCACAGUGAGUGUAGAUGAAGGGAGGGACACAGGGCUGGCAUGGCAACUGAGAAGCCCAGGAGGGCCUCCUAGAGGAGGUGAGCAAGGUCUAGAUGGAUAUAGAGAAUGUAUUGAAAGGAUACUAAGGGAUGACCCUUAGUAUUUGUGGGCAGGGAUGUAGCAGGGGCCUCCCAUGGGAGUUUUGGAGCUGUUUGGAUUACACCUAAAACAUACAGCUGGAGCCAAACUGAAGGCUCCACCAACUCAAAGAAGAGGAAAGUCAGACCUGUGUCUCAAAUGCCAGUGAUGUUUUUCCACCUCUGAAUGCUGGAGGUCAGUGAUGGACCCCUGGUCAGCCUUGGAGUUUCUUCACCGGCACCUCUUCUCAGAGCUGCUCUUAACAUUCUUAGCCAAUAGGGAAAUUUCAGAAUUCUAGAAAUACCUAGACAGGCAGGAGGAGCACAUUUGGGAGGGCAGGCCUGUCAGCGUUCAAGCUAUGGCUCUCAUUGUGCAUGAUCAGUGGACCUGGUCAUUCUGGGGCCCCAUCCAGAGCUUGGGGCUGUGAACCCAAUGUGUCCACCAUCCUCCGUGAGCCCAGACAUUACCCAACCCUCCACUCACUGCAUCCCCUGAAGUCUCACAGGCCCAGGAUCAGCAGUUUUAAUGCUCCAUUCCUGUAUAUACUUAUCCUUGUAAUAAACAUUUCUGUAACACC